AUGGCGGCGGUGCAGCAAUUGGAGCCGGUCCCGACACCGGCUGCACGGCCGCAGAGUAUAGCUGACAGCCCUUUCACCAACAACGGUGACACGGAGCGCGCGUCACCACCCGCCCAGCCCGGCAUUUCAUUGUGCAGCGAGCCCCAGAGAGGAGACACCAGGAUCGUCGUCAUCAUGUUUGGCAAGGGCCAGGAGAAGAUCGUUUCUGUUUUCGCCGAGGUUCUGGGGAAACCGUCAAAAAUGAAGCCUCGCUUCGAGAGUAUCACCAAAGACGACCAGGGUUGGGUAAUUGGCAUUCCGGCAGAUAGCGCCAAGGACGACAUUGCGACGCGGGACAGAGGACUCGUCGUUGCUAUCAAUGCCCAUUGCACCGGUCUGGGAAUGCCUCCCGACGUCUAUCUUUCAGCUCAGUGCGAUUACGAGUUUCUCUACACCGAGUCCCCCUUCUUUCGCAGGGAUCUUGCCCGCUUCACCUCACAUAUCCUCGGCCAGAUAUGUCACCACAGAGCGCUCAUGGCAAAGCCCAGGACCUUCAUCAUCUCGACCACGUUCCCGGACGUACAUGCCGCCUUGCCCAACAUCGACAUCCUGACUGUCGGCGCUGAUGCCAUCGAGAUCCGCGUCGACCUUCUCAAGGAGCCCCUGGGGGACGGGACUUACUCCGAGAUUUCCAGUCUCAGCUAUGUCGGAGAGCAGCUCAUGUUGCUCAGGCAGAGGACCGAGCUGCCCAUCAUCUUCACGACGAGGUGCACCAAUGAGAACGGCCGGUUUCCGAUGGACAAUCCGGGGCUGUACUACGAGUACCUGUAUCGGGCUCUGCAAUGGGGCGUCGAGUAUCUUGAUGUUGAGCUUUGGCUUCCCGAGAGCAUCCGGAAGAAAUUGUACGAGCAGCGUGGGAACAGUCGCAUCAUGUCCGCUUUUCACGACUUCUCCGGGACCUUCAAAUGGACCUCGGAACGGGCCGAGUCGAUUUUCCUCGAAUCACAACGCUACGCCGACUGCGUCAAGAUGAUUGCCAUCAUCAAUGACCACAACGAAAACUUUGAGCUCGAGUAUUUCCGGUCCAAGAUCAAGGCAAAAUAUCCCGACUCGGUUCCAUUGUCUGCCGUCAACAUGGGCGAGACGGGCCAAUUCUCGCGGACGCUCAACAAGGUCUUCACGCCAAUCACUCAUCCUCUUCUGCCCAUCAUCGCGGCUCCGGGACAGAUGAGCGCCGCCGAGAUCAACCAGGCGCUGGCGCUGCUCGGGCAAUUGCCCAAAAAGAACAUGUACGGCAUCACGAGCCCGGCGAUGCGCAGCGUGACACCUCAGGCCCCUUUCUACGAAAAGUGCUUUAACGAGCUAGGUUUGCCCCAUCAGUUCGCCGUCGUGGAGUGGCAGCCAAAAGGGCCCGGUUGUAUCGGGACGUGGUGCAACCAGAAGAACUUUGGCGGGGCUUACUUCAACCCAGCGGUUUCUCUCAAGAGCCUGGCGACCCAUAGCGACUUCCUCGCGUCCCUCAAUAACGGGGCCGGGCCUACCGUCAGCGAAGCUGCUCGACUUAUCGGCAUGGUCGACACCAUCGUCGUGCGGCCCGCCCCUUCGAGCGCCCCGACGUCCGCGCCGUCGUCGAUACCGUCGAGCCCUCCGCGCCACAAGAACGGGGAUUCGUACAGCGCCCUGGGUCCGUCCCAAUCAGGCCUCCCUCCUAACACCACGCUCGUCCUCGACAACGCUUCCUGGAAGGGCAUCUUGAGCACACUAACCCGCGAUUUUGCCCCGUCAGCCUACUUCGGAUGCGCCGCCGUCGUCCUCGCCUCGUCUGCCGAAGACGCCGCUAGCGCCCUCUUCGCCCUCAAGGCCCUCAAGGUCGGCAAGGUCUACACGGUCGGGUUCAAGACGCCCCCGGCAUUCGGCAAAGACCUCCUCAUCGAGCCCUUCACAAGCCUCGAGAGCAUUCAGAGAGCGCGCACCGUUGGCGCGAACGGUUCCAAUGUCGGGACAGGCACGGGUUCGCCAUUCUUGGUCGUCAGCGCCCUAGGGCCGGAAAAGAGCACGCUCGUGGGGAUGCUGGUGCGGCUGUUCGGCACAAGGGGCUCAGGGACCGAUUCCCGAAAGGUGUUUUUGGAUCUCGCGGACCGGCCGGCCUCAGCGAAGGGCGACCCGGCCCUGAUUGCCGAGCGGAGCGGGUUUGCGGCUUAUGGCGCUGCCGACGUUACGGCCUUCACCACGGUGGAAACGCUACGGCUGCUGGUCGGGCAGAAUGUUCCGUACAGCUUUGUGAGAUUAGCCAGUGGUCGAACGCUGUUUUGA